AUGAGGAGGUAUAUGCUUAUGGCAACAGAUCAAGAUAGGUUAAUAAGAAUUAAGAGGAUUCGAUCAUCAGCUGAUGAAGCGGAGAAAGAUCCUUUUGUUCAAAAGACGAUGCUGCGUAUGGAAUCCAAGCCUAUCUUUACUACGCAGAUUGAUAUUGGGAAAGGACCUGUUUUUGACCUUGACCUUAACGUACCUCUGGAUUCAAAUGUUCAUGAAGGAAGGAAGACAGAGAAACUUAUGGCUUCUGCUAUUAAUGCUAACAGAAUUGGGAGUUUCUUUCAAUAUAAAGAGAAGACGUGUUUGUCAGAUGAGAAUGAUAGGGCUGGUAAGAUGAAGGCCAUAGUUUGCUCUGCUCAAGGGUCGACUAUGGGAUUAAAACUGGAGGAGCCUAAGGACCUUUCAUUCUGUGUUGGGAGAAAUCCUACGGAAUAUGGUGCGGGACCUUCGGGUAGCAAACCAUCCGGGGUUUCUCAUAAAUCUUCAAAGCAGAGAAGAAGGCCUUACAUUAGAAAGAGACAAGAGCAACAAAAGGCUAACUCUAGCAUCCUGCAAGAGCUGUAUGGAAUGGGAGAAGGAGCUCAGCAGGCUGGAAACAAGAGAAAGAUUUCUGGAGAUGAGAUGGAGAUUCAGAACGCUGCUCGGCGUAAAGAGUCAAGGGUGAUCCCGAGUAAGGGAUCGCCGAAGUCCCGAUGA